CAUGUUUUUUGAGUAUUUGAAUUGCUUUCUCAUAACGGCUUUGACUCAGACCACUUCAGUUGGUUGGCAUUUUCGUCCGUUUCAGUAUCACCUAUUCUUUUCGCUUAUCAAAUAUGGCAUCAGCUUUUUCAACCAGUGGAUUCUACCAGAGUAGAAACAUCAGAGGCAGGGUAUCAGCAGGGAGCGGCAACAACUCUCCAACUGGACAAGGACCACCCCAUCGCCGCCACGACUCGAGUCCGCUUGGGGACCUUCCACGGACAGAAGUUACAAAUGAGCAAAUCCUCAGAUCCAUCAUGAUCCUCAACCGCAAAGUGCAAGGACUCGCAGAGGCCAACAAAAAACAGGAGGAAGCUUUCCAGCAAGUGCAAGACGUGAUGGGGGCACAGAUCUGUGAACUGACGGAGGAGGUGCGGACUCUCCAAAAACGGCUUGGGGAGGAAGACGCUGCUCCACCGGCCAAGCGGCAAAAACGGGCCGGUUCUGUGCUUUUGUCGGAGAUGGUGAGGCGUCUUCACAAUUCUGACGAAAAUGAGAAGAAGUACAAGGGUGAAGAGAGACUGAAUGCGCCGCACAACGAGACGGUAACAAGCUUCCUCAUCAAAGAAAUCGCUGGCACUUCAGAGUACACUCCAAACGCGAUCCGAGCUGCCUGUGUUUCAUAUUAUGAGACAGUUCGUCGGCGGUAUUUGCUGAGCCGUCCAGAAAAUGCCCAGAAGUCUGCAAAACAGAAGAGAGAGAAGUGUCUGCGUUCGCGAAGAGGAAGGUUGCUGGACGCAAGAGCAGGUGUCAUCAGGACAGAGGAGGAGAAGGCGUUGUGGACUGGGGUGGCUGCUGACUUCAUGUCAGACGAGGAAGACGCCGAGGUCGACGGCAUCGCUGUGUGGCUCGUGAAACCGCCAUCAUUCCGUGCCCCAGCGUUAACGGACUUAUGUAACGCCUUGCAGACCAGACUAGAUGAAGACCCCAAGUACCGGGCCUCGCACACCCCCAGAAGAAAGGAGGAAGGAGUUUUCAGCACGAGAGAUCCUCCGACCAAGUACGACCCUGAAAAGGCCAGCCGACACCUUGCGGGUGCACCGCCAGCCGACGCCCGUCCUCCCCGGCGCCGUACCAGCACGCCGAUGUCAGACAUCACAAACCGCAACCCUACGACCACGCCCGCACCACCCAGCCGACCCAACCCAGCCACAAGCGUGCGCAGCCUGUCAUUCCAAGACAGUAUGGCCAUGGAGGGGUUCAACGAAGCUCGCGAAGUUCAACAGAACGAACUUGAUAGUUUUGACAUGUUUGAGGAUAGCAUGUUGACUGAACUCUAGAACUGUAGUGACAUGAAGAAAUUGUGACGUGAAGAAAAUAUGAUAAUGUCUGUACAAGAAUGUUUCGUUUGCAAACUUGAUUUUUCUGUUUUGAAUCCAUUAUCCAACAGUCUUCACCUGUAAGUUACAGUCAGUCAGAUCAAACAGACCUAGAGUAAAUCAUAGCUUUUGUCCAUAAAGAUAGACAAUGAGAUUAUUGCUAAAAUGUUCCAAACCUUGGCUAUUGUUAUACAAGGUGAGCUGUUUGUUUAGUAAGCGAGAUUCACACCUUCACAAAACCGGACCUUUCAAACAAAAGACCUACAUAGACAUUUGUAACAGAUGUCAUGUCUGCUUUCUAUGCAAAUGACAACGAUUGUACUCUGUUUCCUUUAGGUAAACAGAAUACUAGUACCCUUUUCUUCGACUGUUUUUAUAAGACAGUUUUUCUGUUUUUUUUUAAUAUAUUGAAUGAAGACCUUUAUUGUACAGUUUGCCCAACAAGUCAAAACAUAUAUACAUAUAAAAGUAUCACAAAUC